CCCCAACGUGCUCUGUGUCAUUGGUAUCAACGAAGAUCUAUUCCAUCCAAGUUUUUGCCUCAUCUCUCCUUGGAUGAAGAAUGGCAAUAUCAUUUCAUUCUUAUCGCAGCAUCCGGAACACAAUCGUAUACAGUGUAUAAUUGAAGUAGCAAAUGGGCUCGAUUACCUUCACUCACAUAAACCUCCGGUCAUACAUGCUGACAUUCGUGGGGCCAACAUCCUUGUCAAUGCGGACUUUCGCUGCUGCUUAGCAGACUUUGGCCUUGCGAAGGCUGUGAUGACAUGUGGGUUCGGAAGCUAUGGAGAUUCGAGAAAAGGAUCUUCCAGAUGGCUUGCACCUGAGCUUCUUCAGGUUGACGCUUCCUCCAAUUGGCAGUAUCAAACAUUUAGAGAUAUAUAUGCCUUUGGAUGUACUGUAAUCGAGAUUUUCACUGGGCGAAUUCCAUUUUGGAAUAUUAAACAAGAUAUCGCCGUUAUGCUUGCUGUAUGGCAGAACGACCUUCGACCAGCUAGGCCCAGCUAUGAUGAGCUGCCGUAUGAUAGCGUAUGGUCAUUGGUCGAACUCUGUUGGUCGAGGGACGUUCAUAGAAGACCAUCUUCUUCAAGCCUGGUUGCCCAGCUCACUAACCUGGAUCUUUCCCGGAGAAUUUUCAGAAAGAAGAAAUCAGUGUCGAAGUCGAUAAAGACAAUGGUUAUCUCUCAACAUAAUAUUCGAAAUCAUCAGAAGUUGGGCAUUGGUCGACAUUUUCGCUGUCAAAUAGGCGGCUGCAACAGGUCCUUCUUAUCCAGUUCCGUACGAAGGAAGCAUAAGAUAAAAUGCAGGAAAGCUACACAGGAGACGGUGUCAGUACUGUAGAAUGAGAUGCUUAUGUUUAUAUUCAAGCAAUCGUACCAGAAGCUGGGCAGAAGGAUUAGCAUGUAUUCAUCCUGCACUGCAGCG